AUGGAGGUAAUUCCAAAUUUAAAACGACUUUUCAAUGACCAUUAUACAUACGAUGUGGUAUUGCGUAUAAAUGGAAAAUGUUAUUUUGCACAUAGUAUUAUCUUAAAAUAUCAAUCAGGUUAUUUCUUGGAAUAUUUUAAAGAGGGACAUGAUGAUAAAAGGAAAAAUGGAAAGUAUUAUAUAGAUUGCUCUUGUUUAAUGAAAAGUUGUAUUGUUGUGAAGAAUUGGUAUGACAUUUUUAAUAAAGAGGAUUGUAAAGAUGAAAAUGAUCGGUUUCAUAAUGUUGAAUUUUAUUAUGAUUAUGAAAUUUUUGGUAAAUUCCUAUCAUAUUUUUAUGGAUGUCCGAUUUACAUGAGAACAAAUGAACAAUUAUUCACAAUCGCGUAUUUAGCAAAAAAAUUCAAAGUAACGGGAUUAACAAUGAUGAUGGACGGUUUACUCAAAUAUUUACCAACAGCCUGGCAACAAAAUGAUAUUGAUUAUUGGAAAUUUACUUUGAAUAUUUGUAAGUGGCUUGAACUUGAUCAAACUCAAUUAGGAAUUAUGAAUUAUCUAAAAAUGAGGGAGGAGAAUGAAGUAGGUUUGAGUAAUGAAAAGAAAAGGAGGAGGGAUGAAGAGGAAAGUGAAUCCUCCUUAACUUCUUUAAGUUCUGGUUCCUCUUCUGAAAAUAGUUCAAGUGACGAAGAUUCUGAUUCUUUAGCUGAAAAUUGA